GCUGCCUUACCCUCUGUGGCAUCUGUGCCUUCUUCUCGUCCCCCAGUUCAUUGCUUGAAUGGCUCUGCCGCCUCCAGAUCCACAGUUUGUGCUCAGAGGUACCAGUGCUGCAGUCCACACUCUGCAUUUUUCCUGUGGAGGCCAAGAACCUGAUGUUCCUGUCCUUUUCUCUGGGUCUGAGAACGGGUUUAUCCAUGUCUGGAACCUGAAAACACACAGAGUGGACACAGCACUGGAUGGCCAUGGAAGAAAAUCUGUCUACUGCGUGGAGACAAUGGGUGGUAAAGACAGGCUCCUCAGUCAGGGUCGCGACCAGAGGAUCUGCCUGUGGGAUUUGGCAGAGGGACGGACUUCAGUGAUGGAUUCUCUCUUCACGGAGCACGUUGGAUUCUGCAGAUGCUCUUUGUUGAAGGUGGCACCGGGACGCUGGCUGAUGGCCACGGCAGCCAGAGGCCUGGAGGAGGUUCAGGUUUUGGAGCUGCCAUCCAAAACGUCAGUCUGUACCUUGAAGCCAGAGGUGGGUGCCAAGCUGGGCAUGCCCAUGUGUCUGAAGUUAUGGCAGCUCAACAGUGGUUCACAACCUUUGCUUCUGGCUGGCUAUGAAGAUGGAUCAGUGGUCCUCUGGAACGUGUCAAUGGGAAAAGUGUUGAGCCAACUCAUUUGCCACCAGGAGCCAGUGAUGAGCCUUGACUUUGACUCAGAGAAGGCCAGGGGGAUCUCGGGCUCAUCUGAAAAGGUGCUUAGCAUCUGGAGCCUCAAUGAGCAACAGAACCUCCAGGUUUACAAAACACAGGAACUUGUCAAUGCUGGCAUAGCUGAUAUCACCAUCCGCCCGGACAAGAAGAUUUUAGCAACAGCAGGGUGGGAUCAUCGCAUCAGGAUCUUUGGCUGGAAAAAACUGAAGCCCUUAGCAGUGCUGGACUAUCACACUGCAACUGUCCAUUGUGUGUCCUUCUCGGAUCACACAAACCCCCGGGAGAGACUGCUGGCAGCUGGCUCGAAAGAUCACCGCAUCAGUGUCUGGUCAAUAUAUACUCAGACAUGACACAUUCUGCACUGCCGGGGACUCGGAAAACCGGAUUGGUGAAGCAAUUCCUGACAUUGUAAUUCAAACCUGGAUGUGGGGAACUAGUAGAAUCUGUCUUCAGGCUGAAGUGAGAGUCCUAGGUUAAUUCUUAUGCUGCUUGUUUAAGAGGCGAGUUUUGUUUUCCAGAGAGGGAAGUGGAUUUUAAAAAUUUGUAACAAGCAGAGCAAGGCCAGUCACAAAGACACAGAACAAGUCACUUCGGGUUCUGCUACAGGUUUUGCAACAGCUUCUCUCUGGCAGGUUGCUGAAGUAACUUGUGCCAAUAUCUUUUGUGAAAAAGGACUGGAGCCCCUCAGACUGCGGUGGGGGCAGAAUAUGGCAGUUUGUAAGUCAUUUAUGUAUCCAAGAAUCUGGAUCAGUGUAAAAUAUCACUCCUUGAAAAUUUAUACCCAUUAAACCACCUCCAGUGAUUUCUCAUUGUCAGUUACUUUUUCUUCCCCGUAGCUGAGAGGCUAUCAGGACAACCUUGAUUUGUUCACACUUCUGUCAGUUUCUAACUUAAACCAACAGCCAGGAAUGUGACUAGGGACGGCCUUUGGCAUUUAUGAAUUUCAUUAUGUCUCCUGUCACCUCAAGCCUCACAAUUAAUCACAAGAAAGAAAGGGAAAAAAAUCUUCCCUUGCACUGCACUGCAAAGCUAUGUAAAGCCUUUUACAGAGCCAGUGCUAAAUCCUUUCCAUGGACUGACUAGCUGAAGGAUUUAAACUCAGCUAUCCAAUUAACGCCCUUCUCCUUGGAGAGUUAGGGCUAAGUUUCAGCAUGGCAAGUCUGGGAUUCAGCUACACAACUCCCAUUAACAUUUUGGGGAAUUGCAUGGUUAAAUCCUUAUCCACACAGUGCAAAUAGCUCCAUUAACUUGUCAUCUCUACAGUUGGGGAAGCCGAAUUUCAUUCAUGAAGGGUUUUUUGUUUGAAUCAUGAAGCAGAAUUUGCAUUCUGCUAAAGCA